AACAUUUUAGUUUACCAAAUGGUCAACCAAAACGAGUAAACAAACGAACGUUAUGGAGAGGCCAAAAUAGUAACCGUGACAUUCUUUUUGGGACGGGGGAGUAUUAAAAUAACAAAACUUAUUGAAACGAUUGGUGUAAGAAAACAAGAAGUGGAAAAUAAAAAAAUAUUUUCCGAUCAUUAGUGCAAGAAAACAAGACAAGUAAAAAAAUAAAAAUCACUGAUUCUCCACGCUUUAUCUAAUCGUUUUUAGAAAAAAAUAAUAUUAACCCCACUUUAAUCUCAUUUUUGAUUCCUAUUGCCUUCACAGACAUUACAGAUACGGAACACUGUUGCGUGUCUGUGAAGACAUAAGUUAAAAAAGGACUAUGUGUGGAAAAGCAUGAGAAAAAAAAAAGAAUCAGGGGCAUAAUAUUUGAAAUAGAGGACUAAAUAUUGAAAACUUCAUAUUCUAAACUACUCCCUUCAUCCUAAAAGUCCUUUCCAUUUCUGUUUACGAGGUUUGAUCAACUUAAUUUUCAAUUCAAGUUAUUUGAAGGUAUAAAAUUAAAAGGUAAAAUUUGUAUAUUUAAAAACAACAUAAAAAAUUAUACAAAACAAGAACUGACAAGACUAUAAUAUGAAAAGAAAGUGAUCAAAGAUUGAACGUAAAAAUAAUAACUGAGAAGAAUGUUUCAGGACAGAGAGCCUAACAAUUAUGAAAUUUAAUAGAUUAAAAGGGCAAAAAAAACGUCAUCAUGGACCACACGGUUGGUCGCAAUGGUGCUCAAAUUCGUUACAGGUCACUAUUGUGAUUUCAAAUUCUCAAAUAUUCGAAUAUUUAAACACUACGUUAAAUAAUUAAUUAAAUCACAAAGUUAAGUUUGUAAUCACAAGUUCAAGAAAGAUGUUAUAAUAGAACAAAAUUAAUUCUAGUAUUAAAAUAGGGUGUGGUUCUUCUGCCAUUAGAAACUAAUGACUAUAAGACAUUAAUUGGAGCAUAUGCUUCAUUCUAUAAUGCUUCUCUUAAACAAAUUUCAUUCAUAAGUGCUAAUUUUCUUUAAUUCAUAGUGGACUCUAAUUUUGUGAACUUAAAUUUUUUAACACAACUACACUUAACUUAAAAUCAGGUGUAAUUUUAAUUGAAAAGCGAUAAAUUAACUCGAAUGAAUUGAAAAUUACUUUGAAACCACCAUGCUUUGAAAUAUUAUAUUUUUAUAAGAAAAUCACCUCAAAUAAAAAUAAAAUAUACCGAGUAACAUCUAAUCCUAAAAUAGAAGUUUCAUUUUUAUCCCAAAAUUAGAAUUUUUUACUAUGAUAUUAUAACAUUAUACAGUGGCAUCUCACUGCAUUUUUUGGUACUCCCUCCGUCCCAAAUUAUUUGUCACAUUUCUAUUAUCGAGACAAAAUAUCAAGUUUUUUCAAUUCAUUUUAUUUACAUACUGAUAAAGAAAUAAAAAUUACAUAUCAAAAAAUUACAUGAAAAGUUCUUCGAAAUAAGAGGUGUCAAGAAUAUUUUAUUUUAUCAAAUAACCAAUGAAAAUGUAGAAAUAAACAAAAGUUCCCGCGACUGUUGGAAAAAUAAAUGUGACAAAUAAUUUGGGACGGAGGGAGUACUAUAUAUUGAAAUAAAAUUAUUUUAAAAACAAUUUCAUAAAUUAUGGAGAAGGAAGUUGUAUCCGGAAAAGAGGGGCAUGCAAUUAAUGACCUGACGGACAUGGCAGAAGUCAUCCAACGCCUUAGCGGAGAAGAGAUGGACGGCGCAGAUCUUGCGAAGCAUCCGCCACCGGGGGCCAUAGGGCGCGAAAACCAUAUCCUGGUAGUUAUAAGCAAUGUGCUUGGCGCCGGAGUUCGGCGGCCGGCUGGAGAAGUUCGCGUCGUGGGCUUUCAAGAACUGCGCCGCCACGGAGGCGGAGGCGGCCACCACCACGUGCACGGACCCCAGGCGCAGGUGCAUUAUGGGCCCGUACUUCCGGGCCAGGCCCGCAAUCGACUGGUGCGGCUUCGGGCCCAAGUCCGGGAGGUUGCCGACGAUCGGCCACGGCUUCGGCCCCGGCGGCAGAGGGAGGGGGUGGCGGCGCUUUGCCACGUGGCGGCGGAGGAGAUAAUAGACCAGGAUGGCUAGGAUGGGAGUGGAUAGGAUAGAGAGUAAGGGAGACAUAACUGUGUGGAGGAUGUUUUUUCGGAUCUGCCUAGGGGUAUUUUUUUAGUUACAUUUUUUUUCUCUUUUUAUCCUUUAUAGACGAGAGCUAAGUUGGGGGCCUGGGGUUAGG